UAAGUGCCGAGCGGAAGAUCGGACGCAAGGCGGCUUCUUAGAAGCGAUGCCCAGUGAUCCGUUUACUCGAACGGGCGCGGAAGAACACCCGCGAUCGCUAUCGCAGAGCAAUUAAGACGCGUCUGACCAACAAAUGCUCGAUAAACAGGCCGACGUACGAUCGAUGAUCCUGUGUUUCUUGAAACGCAGGUUCCAUCCCCCUCCCGCCUAUUCCCGUGUCUAUUCGUCGAAUCGACCUUAUCGAUCAAUUAUGCCAACCUACGUUCUUCUUACGUUCCUUUGUUUCUCUCUUGCAGCCCCUUGCAGAAUCCUCGCUUCCUUUAAGGAACCUUUAAGGUCCGCGUGAGGAUGAGGAAAUUAAAGAACGCCUUUUUAACGGAGAGGAUUAGACAAAUCUACACUACGAAAAUAUGACGUACCGAAGAACGACUUUGAGACGACCAACCUACUCAGGUCUCAGGUCUCUAUUGUGAUUUUACCAUAGUUUAUUUCGGAGAUUUCCGGCUGAGAAAGACGGAGGAGAACGAACGCGACAGCGCAACGACACCGAGCGAAAUUAUGUCUAGAGGAACGCGGCGGGAGUAUGGAGCGACAGGGAGGAGCGGUGUCGUGAAAGCGGGCUUCCCCGGGGUGGCCGAGAGACCGAGGUCGCUGCGGCUCGACGAUGGCGAGCUCGGGCGACGGGGUCGGCGACGAUGGCACGACGGGCGUGCCGGGCGGCGGAUCCAGGAGUCCCUUCACCUGCGGCGUCUGCCACAACUAUUACAACGAGCCCUGCCUGCUCUCCUGCUUCCACACCUUCUGUGCCCGCUGCAUACACGGCCCUCACAUCGACGGGAAGGUCUCCUGUCCUAUAUGCGGUGUCGCACGUCUCGUCUCGUCUCGGUCUAACGUACGGCUCUGAAACAAUACACAGGCAACAGACGCAAUUGAAGGAAGGCGCGCAGCUACCACCGCCCGAUCAGCUGAUACGUCAAUUGGUAGAGCUGGCAAACGCCGAGAACCCACCAUGUGCCAACUGCGACAAGCGCGACAAGUCGACCAUGUUUUUCUGCACGACAUGCGGACAAGCGCUUUGCACUCACUGCAGGGAGCACACCCAUCGGGCGAAGAUGUUUUCCACCCACGAGGUGGUGCACAUGAGCCAGUGCGCCAAGGACACUCAGCGCCGCUGUCCGACCCACGGGGAGCAGUAUAUAAUGUACAGCCAGAGUGCCAAAUGCAUGCUAUGCGCCACAUGUUUCCGCGACACGCCCGCGGACGCGCGGGUGCACUGCGUGGACAUAGAAAGUGCCUGGCAGCAGUCGUCGAAGAAGAUGGAGAGGGCGGUCAAUUCCAUCUGCGAGCUUCAGGCCGGUAUACGAGACGGCGUGCUGGCGCUCAAGUCUCAGCUGGACGAGCUGUGCCAUAGCCUGGAGUCCGAGAAACGCGCUCUCGGCGCGUUCUGCCAGGGAAUGCAGGAAGCGAUCACGAAGACGCACGCGUCCGUGCUCGCGGAGCUGCAACGUCAAUUCGAGACGAAAGAGAGGAUGGUCCGCGCGCAGUUGCUCUCGCUGGGUAGCGCGCUUCCUGUGCUGCAGAUGCACUUGAUGUUGUGCACCGCCUUCACCAGCGGCGCGACGAAAUAUCAAUUCUUAGAGCUGGCCCAUCUAAUGAUGGAGCGGCUGGGCCGCGUCGCCCAGCUGGGUCAUCCGUCGCGACCGCCCUUGCUCGCCGCUCACAUCAAAACGAAUUACAGGGCCGACUUUGCGCGCGCCCUGCAGCCCUACAUAGGCCAGAUGCCGUCGCUCAAGGAGUCCCUGUACGAUCAGACCCAUACGAUCGGCCAGCCGGAGCCGCAGGUGCUUCAGGUGUAUACCUGGUUUCCUCAACAGAGCAGCAAGACUGUACAGAGGCUACCGUCCAAGACGUCCGGGAUCGACGGCGGCCCGUUCUCCAAUCACUGUCGGACCUUCGACACCCAGCUGAAAGAACUGAGUCAACAGCUGAUGACGGUGAAGGAGCGACUGGGCGAGCUGCAUCGAGACGUCGCUCUCUUGAGAAGAGCGAACACACCGCCGUUGGGUACGCGUUACGACCUUGUGGCGAGGGACUGCCGCGUGCUGGAACAGCAACUGGAGCACCAUCAAAUAGAGCUGGAGCGACUUAGGAAUGUGUUCGACGCGCUCUGGGAGGAGCAGGUGUGCAGAAUUCACAUAGAGAAGGAGAUCUUUCAUUCGCAGAUGAACGACAUACUGUCGCUGAGGAGCGAGGUGAAGAAGCUGCAAACGCUGGCCCAACAACUCGAGCCUUUCGUCAAGUCGUUCUCCACGGGCGUCGGCGCCGGCGAGAUAAGCAUGGCCGCGACGGACGCAGCCGACAAUCAGCAUCUACAAGUGCUCUUGGAUCAUCUGGCGCGUCUGCAGAUGCAGGAGCCACCUCAUCCAUCGACUCAGACGCUUACAAAGGAUCAUCGUCAUCCACGUAGCACUACCACGAGCGCUGACAACGCGCUAUACAUGAAAGAAACGAAGGAGAUCCCGACGAGAUGUCGCACCCCGUCCGGCGGCGUCGGCGCCGUCCUGGACUCGAGCGGCAACAUAAUGGUGUACGGCACGGCCAAGUCCACCGAUCCGAAGAGAGGCAUGCUCAGCCAACUGAUCGAGAAGGCGCGGACGAAAGACGAUCGCAAGAAAUCACCAGGCAGGGAGGACGGUCGCGACCGCAGCCAGAGUAGGCGCUCGCGGAAGUCGCCGGACAGCACGAAGCCGAAAACACCGCCCGGACACUCGUCCGGCAGCAAAAUGCGCUCGCUGUACCGCUCGUUGAAGGGCGGCACCGGUGACACGUCCGCCGAGGCGCUCGAUCAGACGGAGAUCAGGUGUACCGAUUCUCAGCAGCCGCAGUCUCACAUCGGAGACGAGAGCGAAUACCAACGUAUCUCGGAGGCCUCGAGCAUGGGCGAGGCGAAGAAGCGCGUGCAGGCGCAGGUGCACGCGGUGCCGGCGGACGAGCAGCCGAUUCCCAAGCCCACGAAAAUUUAUCCGGCGAGCGACUCCGAGGAGGUGUUCUACGACGAGAAAGCGGCGAGCGACGCGAGGCGACGCCGACGCGCCAGCUGUGACAGCCUGAGCACAACCGGCUCCGGCAACAGCAGGCGAUCGAGCAUCGUCGACGGGACGGUAGGUCAACAACAACAACAACUCGCUCAGGACCCCCGGAAAACACUGAUCCUUUUGAUCGGACCGACUUCGACGUCAUCAUCUCUCGUGCAGAAACAGCGUUCCUGGGAAACCUUUCCGAGGCCCAAGAGUAAGCGCGGCGGCGGCGGCGGCGGCAGUGGCGGCGGUGCCGGCGGCGAGACAGGAGCAGCGUCGUCUCUUGGGCAACUCAAAAAAGCAGACAGCUUCGAGGGUCAUGAGGAGGCGGUGCGCACCUUGGUGGCGGCCGUGCAGGAGACGCGUUCCCAACUGAGACAUCAUCAUCUGCACCAUCAUCGCCAUCAUCGCAAGAGCAAGACGAACUGAAGGCGGUCGCGUUCCCUGCCGUUCCGUUUGCCAACGAUCACGUCGACGCCCGAAAGUCAUGCGAUCGCGUCGCGGGACCUGAAGAAGUGCACGCAGGCAAACGUAAACGGCAGCCCGGCUCGGCUGCACGAGUCGCGCUAUACGAGGUAUCGAAGAUAUUCCCGUGAUGAGCCGUGAUUGCGUAAAUAAGCAAAAUUAUCAAAAAAAAAAAAGGAGAAAAAAAAAAAGAAAGAAGACUAAGCUCCGUGCGGAUUUUAAGUACUUGUUAUUUAGCGAGUGAGAGAAAGAGUGAGAAAGCAAACGAGAGUAAAUGUAUCGUUACGAGAGAGCGAACGCGUUAUCGGUUUUUCGAAGAUUUUGGACAUUCUACUGAAUACAUAAUAACGGAUAGAUCUAUAAAAUUACGAUGAUAAAAGCGAGAGAAAAAUCGGGGGAAGGGGGCGAAAGAGAAAAAAAAAGAAAAAAGAAGAGACGCGAGUUUUAGAAGAGCGCGCCUCGCGCGCGAAUAUGUAAAGUCAGGAAUCUCUGUAGUAGAAGUAUAAUCGUCAAAGAGGCACCUUCUCGACAAGUGCACUUUCGUAAUUUGCAUUACUUUCUCGGAAGACUGUCGAAUUUCUUUGAGAUCCCGACCAAGUGUGCGCGAUGUUUAUAUUGACUCCGAGUUUUUUAACGUUUACAUUAUGUCUCACACGUCGGAGUUGCGCCACGAUCGUAAUCCAAGUCCACCCAAGUGCACGCGCGCGCGCGCGCGCAACUCCGCGAUCGAUCUUUUUAUAGCGAUUUAAUUGCACUUUGAAGCGCCGAAGGGUAGUAGAGCCAUCGCUGCCAUCGCUGUGUGUGAAUCGCAGACGUUUGCAGAACAGAGUGCGACUUGUUGAUGAAAAUGCGUUACCCGCUACUCGAUAUCCGAUUGAUACGACUUGCUGCCUGGGGGCAGUUGAUACACACGUAGAGCCUUGUGAUUAGGAAUCUAGCGGGAGGGAGAGAAAUGUUCACGAACAAGAAGCGUGCAUGGCGAUGUACAAUAAUGAUAAUAAUAACAAUAAUAAUAAUAAUAAUAAUAAUAAUUGUUAAGAAAUCGCGGUUGACGUCUCACUCAAUUUGCGCUGUCGACGAGACGACGUUUUAUGCGUUUCGUUUUAACCUUCUUUUGUGUUCCCCUGUGAAAACUUCGUUUGCCUAUUCGCGUUGCGCCCCGCAAAAUAAAUACGAAUCGAUUCUUCUCGUGGUAUCCUACAUCCAGAUCGGCAUGACAGUCUUGGCGCGUGAGUUUCCGGAUAGCAUAAAUGUCUGAAAGAUGUCUUCUUCUUCUUUUACUUGUUUUAGACGUUGUUGUUUGUCUAAAACGUUGUUUAAUGUUGUUGGUCUCUGAGAUGAGUAUUAGAGACAUCUGUGCCGUCUGGAAGUGUCAUCUUGGAGCUUCCCAUAGUACACAUGGUACACGAGCUCCGGGAGAAGAAUAAAACUUGAAGUGUCAAAGCUGUUACGCCGACCUGUAUCGCGUUCGACGCAUUUGUAAAAUUUUAUUUGUGCUCGAACGUCAACCGGCGACCCGACGAUGCAGAGUCCGGUGGAAGUACGUCGCGCGUAAAAAUUACGGUCGGUCGAGUGUGUAAACGGUAAUACUUAGUUAGUAAACAACACUGCCAGUCAUACAUUACGAAUUUAAUCGACGUGCAAAAGAAUAGCCUAAUCCGGGAGCGUGCUCGUAAUGUCGCUAGUCGGACCGCGAGCUCCGCGCACGUCGCUCAAUGUUCGUGCGAUGGGACACAUUGCUGCGUGGACGCUUCGUAAUUAUACAUUAUCGACUGUCAUUAUAACGGUAAUAUUCGCAAUUACUUAAUGAGAAAGAUACGUAAAUAUAAUUGCCAUUACGAGGAAUCGACUCUUCCUCGUGAAAGUCGGCACAAUCGUUAAUCAUUGUUCGAAUUUAAUCGAAUGGAGAUCUUCUUCGGUGACUCUCCCUCCUCGAGGGAGGAGGGGGUUUACGAGAAAGGGAUAAAGUUUAAUUAUAGUGAAUGUACACUGUAAACAUGUAUGAGAAAUGUCGAAUAUUGCUGGCAUAGUAAAAUAUAUACAAGUUAAUAAAUAUGUUCUCGAUUUAUAUCUAUCGUAUCUUCAUGUAACGCACAAGCGACACGGAGUAUCUCGUUGUUAAUCUCUCUUUCUCUCUCGUUUGCGACACGAACAUGACAUGCAUGCAUACAUACAUAUACACACACA